AUGGGACCGCCGUCUCUUCUGCACACAGCGCUCCUCGCGUUCCUCGUGCUCAGCGCCGUCACGGGCGUGUACUUGUUCUUCCAGUCUGCCCCCAACGCCGAGUUCGCCGAAUGUGCUCCGAUUUCGGUCUCUUACGUUGUUCAAGGUGUAUUGCCCACGUGGCUCCACGGACGCAAUGACAAAAUGGGCACUGUCCAGGGCCUCUGGCACUGCGCUCGUCAAUACCGCGAGCACCACGCGGGCUUUGUGCUCUGCAGCUUUUGCCUCGUGUACAUCACGUUGCAGGCGUUUGCGAUCCCGGGCCCCAUUGUGCUGAGCAUUUUGGCGGGUGCGAUGUACCCAUUUCUAUCCGCCCAACUCCUCGUGGCGUUUUGUGCGACCACCGGCGCCUCGCUGUGCUUUUUGCUGUCGUACUUUGUCGGACGGCCCGUCUUUGGCCGCGUGCUGGCGGGAAUGCUCGGGCGGUUCAAGGCCAAAAUUGCGCAGAACCGGUCCCAUCUGCUGUACUACCUGCUGUUUCUGCGGAUUACGCCACUGCUGCCGAACUGGUUUGUCAACAUUGCGUGUCCCCUCGUCGACGUUCCGUUCCGGGCGUUCUUCCUCGCGACGUUCGUUGGGUUGAUCCCAGCCAACUUUCUGCACAUUUCAACGGGCGCAGCGCUCAAUAGCGCAACGGGCGCCGCGAGCGGCUCGAACGCCGUGAACUUUGCAGUGCUGUUUUCGCUCCAGUUUGUCGCCCUGCUGCCGACGCUGAUGAAGAGCAAGAUUGAAAAGUACGAGCAGAGGGCGUUUGAAAAGGCGGAGACGAAAGUCGAGUGA